AUGUUCGGCGUUAGCUCGAGCGUCGGAGGCUCCAAAUCCGACAAACCCGAGACCGACCCAGCCCUGUCCGAUCCAAGCACCGGGAGCGAGAAGGAUAAGGCCGGCAGCAAGUCGCCGUCCCCGGAGAAAGCCGACGUCGACAUCGACCGUUCCACUCCAGAUCAGGCUGCGGGUGCCGUGAAGCCGAGCGGAAAUGGCAGCCCUCCUUCUAAUGCCGGAAGCUCGGCCGAGCAGAAGAAACGUCGCAGCAGCGGGGUGAGCGGAAAAGCCAGCAACCUUAUAGCCCAAGCCAAAAACUCCCUGUUCACUCAGGUUGGGAGUCGUACCAACAGCGAUCUGGCUGCUGACUCAAAGUCGUCUAACCAGACUCCCCUGCAAAAGCUCGGCAAGCAGGACCAGGCUCUUGCCGUGCCCCAGGGCCAGCACAACAAUGCCGCUGGCGAGUCGCACCCUGGGCCGAGAUCGACCUUUAGAGUCGGCGUCUGGGAGGACAGAAACAAGAAAUGCAGACGCACCAUGGAGGAUACCCACGCCUUUCUAUACAAUUUCUUGCACACUCCGGCACCCGCGUUCGGCGAGGAGGCUGAUGGACGGGGCCAGGCAAGCGCUGCUCCCGAUCCGCCUGGCGAUGGGCAAGGGAGCGGCGCACCAGAACAGGGAAUGAUGGAGACGGACAAUGGCUAUUUCGCCAUUUUCGACGGACAUGCUGGGACCUUUGCGGCGGAUUGGUGCGGAAAGAAGCUCCACAUAAUACUGGAGGAGAUCAUCAGGAAGAACCCAAAUGCCCCUAUACCGGAGCUCCUCGAUCAGACCUUCACGGCCGUCGAUGCGCAGCUGGAGAAGCUACCGCUAAAGAAUAGCGGCUGCACAGCGGCCAUCGCCGUGCUUCGCUGGGAGGACAGAGUGCCGAGCAGCUCAUCGGCUACCGGAUCACAGGCCAUCGCGCCGGCACUCGCCAAGGCAGCUGAGGAGGCGUCCAAGGCGGAAGACCCGUCAUCCCUCUCGGCUCCCGACGCCACUCAGGCGAAGCUGAAGAGCACAGCAACAAGGCAACGAGUUCUCUACACUGCCAACGUGGGAGAUGCCCGAAUUGUCCUCUGUCGCCAGGGAAAGGCGCUGCGCCUCUCGUACGACCACAAAGGCAGCGACGAAAAUGAAGGGAAGCGCAUAGCCAACGCUGGAGGGUUGAUACUGAACAACCGUGUCAAUGGAGUGCUUGCUGUCACGCGCGCCCUCGGUGACUCGUACAUGAAGGAUCUCGUCACGGGGCACCCCUACACCACCGAGACCGUCAUUCAACCGGACAUGGACGAAUUCAUAAUUAUUGCUUGCGACGGCCUCUGGGACGUUUGCUCAGACCAAGACGCUGUCGACCUCGUCCGUAACAUACAAGACCCCGUGGCAGCAGCCAAGCUUCUCGUAGACCACGCUCUCUCCCGCUUCAGCACCGACAAUCUGUCGUGCAUGAUUAUCCGCCUUGACAAACAGGCCCUUAUCGAGAACCAAAACAACAAAGACAAGGCCAUCGGUGUCGAGGGCGAUCCCGCCGCCGGCAAGGUCAGCGAAUCAGAAAAGAUUCUCGACAGCACCAAAGCGAAGAUCGCCGAGGGCGCCACUUCGCCCGUGGGGAUAUCGGCGAGCAACGACGGCAAGGGCCACGACCCCGGCCCGCUUCCCGAUGGAGAGAAGGCGUUCGUCCCGACUGUGAUUCACGGGCCGGUCGAGGAGGAACCGGUUUCGAUCGAGGACUCGCCUGGCGGAGAGAUGCAGGCGGAUUCGUCGAAGGGCGCGAGCCAGGACACGCCGCUGAAGGACACUUAG